CGAACUAGCUAAGCUAGCUAGGAGACGAUCCAUCGAGAUCGAUCAUGCACUACUACGCCGAGAUGGCGUUGCUUUUCCUGCUGCUGGCCGUGCCCACCAGUCCCGGUGCAGCCUUCGACGUUGACCCGUUGAAGCCCGGGCAGGCUUGACAGUACCCGAAAGACCACAAGGUGGUCAACGUCAGAGAGGCCAACUCCAUCUCAAGCUACAAGGCCAUGAUUUCGGAGGUGCACAGCUUCGGCGUCCGGACCAGCAAGUACAAGGAGAAGGGCUUGCCGAUCCUCGCCAGGCAAACCAGCACCCCGAAGCCUGACCGGUGGCUGAUGCUGGAGCUCCGCGGAGACGGCCAGGACGAGAUCAUGCUCGCCAUACGAAAUGACAACCUCUACAUCGAGGCCUUCGCCAACAGCUCCGGGAAGUGGCACACCUUCGCCAACAUCCGCAACCUCAUCUCACGGGCCACCAUCCUCCCCUUCAAGGACAGCUACAGGGGGCUGGUGAACGGGCACGCCAACCUCGGCACGUUGGUGCUCGGCAAGGAGACCACGCUCCGGGCGCUCCACGAGUUGGCCGUGUACAAGCAGUCGGUUGGCGCCGACACCGGCUGCGUCUCCCGUGCCCUGGCCAUAAUGGCUGUCACCUUCUGCGAAGCAACGCGCCUCAAGCCAAUCCAAGCCUCCAUCCAGCCCAAAUGGCUCUCCGGUGGCGCCACGAUCGAGAAACCCUUGUAUGUGGUGAGAUGGUCCGACAUGUUCUACGCCGUCCUUGUUGCGCGCCAGAAAAAGGGACGCUACGACGGGCCUGAGGCUGACAAGCUCAAGAACGAGUUGGGCAUGUCAAGCCUGAAUGAGGUCGUCGGUGCCCUCUCUCUCAUCCUCUGGCCCAAGGACAGCUCCUGCGACUCAGGCCCCAUCACCUGGCCUAGGGCAUGACACAUCACAGUGCAUGCAAGAACAAUUAAUAAUUAAACUAGCUACUCAUAUGCAUGCAUGCAUGCCCUGUCAAUGCCUCCAUGGUUAUAGUAUCAAUUUAUGUAAGAAUAAAUUGUUGAGUUGCCACUCAAACUCACUCCAUGUAAUGUACGUACGUACGUGCGUGUUCCUCCAUGAUAUGUAUGCAGCACCUCAU